UCAUUGUUUUUCAGUACCUAGGCUACGUGUCAAGUCUUUAGUGAAAUGGCGUCAUGACACGCUAUAUUUAACGAAUACUUUCGGUAUGUGCUGUUCAUAGCCUCUUUCUCUAAGAACGUGCAAUGUUGUAGCAAUAUUUCGUAUGGCUAACCAUGAUGUAGCACAGUAUCCGGCGGCGGCAGUUCAUCUACAGUAUACAUCUCAUCGGUCGAAGCAGUUUAUUUUAAGACCUCGAUUACAGCGGAAACCGUGCCGGGAGCGCUUUCCUGCGCACUUUCAUUUUCGCUAUGUUCGCCUGAACAGUCGUGGGUGCCCUUAAUUCAGAAUAACAGGAAAUCUAUUUAAACGCUUUUCUUGCUGCAUGUAAAUCUCUACAAACUGCUUUAUUUCGCUUUGUCUAUGUUAAGUCGACGUCAAUUUACACGAUUUAAUAAUAUGCUACGCAGCCACUUCGCUCAUUAUGGUGACUUCAUGAAACGGACCCAGCGCUAAUCUGCGUAGACAUUUUCACAAAACUAAAAAAGAAAUAAAUAAAUAAAAUAGCGCUACCUGAACUAAAAUGGAUCCUGACUCUAUUGCUGUGGCAGAUGGAGUGACACCCGGUCUGUCUGAGCUGAGGAUUGUGCUGCUGGGGAGGACUGGAGUGGGGAAGAGUGCAGCAGGAAAUACCAUCCUGGGCAGAGAGGCCUUUGAAGAGGAGUGUGUCAGAGUGUCCAUGAGGUCAUUAUGUGAAACGCAGAAGGGCGUGGUGGCCGGAAGGAGGAUAACUCUGAUUGACACCCUGGGGCUUUGUGACGAAGAAGUCCCUGACCAGCGACUCAGAGCUGAGGCAAAAGAGUACAUCGCCCUGGCCGCCCCGGGACCGCACGUGUUCCUGCUGGUCGUCCGGCUGGGGAGAUUCACAGAGGAGGACAGGAGCGCUGUGAGGUGGAUCCAGGAGAACUUUGGUGCAGAAGCAUUGAGCUACAUGGUGGUGCUGUUCACAGGGGGAGACCAGCUGGACAAACCAGUGGAGGAGAUUCUGAGUCCCAGCAGUGACCUACAGGAGCUCAUCAGCAGCUGUGGAGGGGGAUACCAUGUCUUCAACAAUAUGGACAAUUCCAACCCCACUCAGGUACCACGGCUGCUGGAGAAGAUAGAGGCCACUGUGGAGAGGAACGGCUGGUGGUGUUAUACUAGUGAGAUGUACGAGGAGGCUCAGAGAAAGAGGAGAGAAGAAGAGGAGGGAAAGCCAGCAGAGACCGAAAGAAAGAGAGGAGAGGAGGAGUAACCGGACCAUGAUGUGAGAUGAGAAAGUCCUCUACUGUUUAAGAGUAGAAACAGCAGCUGACAUGGGAGCGGGAGACUGUUUUAAGCUUUCAUGACCCUUGAAGAGUGGCUGGGUAGGUCAGGCAAAAGUAAAAUGUAAUGCCAUUCCUUAAAAGUAGCUUCCAAAAUUCGGCCGUGAACUAGUUGUCUGUCUGUCUGCCUGUCUGUCUCAGUGUGGUUCUGGCUAGCUCACUAUGUGUCACUGUCACAGCCCCUUACCAAUGUUUCUGCGUUUGCAGCCCCUUCAGCGAUCAUGUUGCUCUAAAAAUACCUCCACUUUUUGUCUUUGUGAUAGUAAGGAUUCAGGUUAGUUGGCCAUACGGACAUGAGUGGUUUUCAUUGGACAGUCCGUAUUUUUACAGAUGCAGCUUUCCUGCCAGCAAACUACAGGCCUGCCAUUAGGUUAUUAUCUAGUUUAUUGUUUUGGCUUCAUAGUUUUGUGUCACAAAUUUAUAUACUUUACUGUUACCCCACAGAGAAAAGGUGUGGUCUGGUCUGCUCUGAACUGUUACAUAUUGUUACUUCAUUUCUUACCUCAGGUUGGCAUUUUGCACAGAUAGCUUGAUUUCCCUUCACAGCCUGGUCCACUACCUAAACUUAGGUUGCCAGGUAACCUUGCCAGAUGGGCACUACAGUUGUAACCACCAAAAAUAACCCAACGGUUCAUCAAUCACACCUGCCAAACCUCACUUCAUGGUGUGACUACAAUGUGAAUACACAUGUGCUGCCUGAGUAUAGUGCCAGUUAGAAGGCAUCUGACUAUUUCAAUAAAGGUCACAGAUACAAUGCAGAACGAACUGCAAAUUGCAACAGUUAAAAGGGUAGAAAACUUGUAUUUUUUAAAACAAGGCAAGCAUGUGCUGUUCCAAAUGUGUAAUCUUUAUCUUCACACCACAGUAGGGUGGUAGAGGCUCAGCUCACUGCGAUUAUCAGUGCUGUUUACAACAUAACUCACAAAACCGAGCCUGCAGCGGCAUUGCUUUCUUUGUCCUCUAAACCUUUUUUACACAGACGUAACCUACAUAAAGCAGGUGAACGCUGUUUUUGCAAGGCUGCACAGCCAUUCUGAUCUGAAACUGAAAACCGGCACUGAUGUCAGUAAGCAGUUUCAAGUUAUUUUCAUUAAGUUAUCGCAGGAAAAGCUGGUUUGAAGAGCUACUGUAUGUGUGGUAUAAUUUGUAUUUUGAGGGCAAACACCCAUAUCCUGGGUGCCUCAUACUGUGCAUAUGGAUCUACAUUAAUACACCAAUGAGCUUCAGACUGUACAUGAUUGAAUAUUAAAUAUGCCAUUUCAGAGACAUAAGGUAGAUCACCUUACUUUUGAUUUACACAAGUCCUAAUGACAGUGGUCGGGAUUUAAGAUACAGUACAUUAAUAUGUGAGACAGUCUCAGGAAGCCAGGCUUAAAUUUAACGUAAACUUGAUGUAAAGAUGAAUUAUGUUGAUUUCUAAUUUUUAAAUGUAAGCUUGCCUACCUUUUUUCCUGGUAUGUACAGCCAUCAAUAAACAUACAAGCAUAUAUUUCAAAUAAAGUUCUUACAGUUAUUCCAGUACAAGAU